AUAUGGUUCAGGAGAUAAAAGUAUCCUUGGAAAGGCAUUGAAAUGAUGAAUAUGCAACAUAACCUGCAAAAUGAUCAAAAUGUAAUGUAAAAAUAAAUGUACAAAAACAUGUUACCACAAGUACAUUGCAAAAUCGCAAAAAUAGAAUGGUUCUACAAAAUAUUAGUAGCAAUUUAAUUAAAACAGUUGCUAAUACAUAUAUUAAGCAAAAUAAACGAAGUAGCAACACAUGUAUUCAAAGAUCGUACAUGGCAUUACCACGGCUUACACCUCAAGAGGUUACUGCAGUUCUACAAACUAACGAAUAUACUAAAGAAUUUAAUGGACACAGUUCUAUAAAGUAUUAUGAUUCAAAUCAGUUAGGAUCUAAUAAUCCUAUAGAAGAUACUCGAUCAGAGGCCCAGUGUUUACUUACAAAAGGAAUAUUAUUAGGGGUGUUCGAUGGUCAUGGAGGUAGUACCUGUGCACAAAUUGUUUCAAAGAGACUUUUUCAUUACAUAUCAGCUUGUUUGUUACCCACAAAGUUAUUAAAACAAUAUUUAAAUACAGUUAACUCCAAUAAUAAAUUAGAACUUCUUCAAACAUUCAAUGAUAAAGUCGAGUUUGUUUCUGAAAUUAAAGAUUUAUAUCAAGCAAGUUUUUUAAAUUUUGUCAAGGAUUUAAUAGGAACAGAAUGUACAAAAGAAUUUCAAAUGGAAACAGCUUUAGAAAAUGCUUUUCUCAGAUUAGACAAUGAUUUGUCAAAUGAAGCACUUUUAAAGUUAGAUAAAAAUAAUGCUGCUAGGACUCUUGCUGUUGCAAUGUCUGGUGCUGUAGCUGCUGUUGCGCAUAUAGACGGUCCACAUCUUCAUGUUGCUGGAGUGGGUGAUUGUCAAGCUGUACUUGGUAUAUUUUCUGAAAAUGACGGUUGGUCUGCAAAAUUAAUGACGGUGGAACAUAACACCGACAAUCGAGCAGAAGUCGAAAGAAUUUUAUCAGAACAUCCGUUAAAUGAAAAAUCAACUGUAAUUAAAAUGGAGAGGCUACUUGGUCAAUUAGUACCCCUGCGUUCACUAGGUGAUUUUCGCUAUAAGUGGAGUAAAAAAAUCAUAAAAGAGGUUGUAGUACCGUACUUCGGCGAAGCCGCAGUUCCUCCAAAUUAUCAUACUCCCCCGUAUUUAACAGCGAAACCAGAUGUUAAAUAUCAUAGGUUAACCCCUAGAGAUAAAUUUCUUAUAAUAGCAAGUGACGGCCUAUGGGAUUUGAUAUCACCUUUACAAGCUGUACGUUUAGUAGGUGAACAUAUGAGUGGAAAAGUAACAUUGAGCCCGUUAAGGUUACCUCGAAAAAAUAUGAAAUUAUCUGACAUAAACAAGAUGUUGUUGCAACGUAAAGAAGGCUUAAAGAAGAAACCUCUUGAUAGUAAUGCGGCUACCCACUUAUUGAGAAAUGCUCUUGGUGGUACAGAAUAUGGAAUAGACCAUGCGAAAUUAUCACGAUUAUUAACGUUACCGAGCGAGGUAGGACGAAUAUUUAGAGACGAUAUUACAAUAACUGUUGUUUAUAUGGAUUCGGAAUUUUUAAGACACUGCCCUCCGUAAAUACACGAAACGUUUCUAUUAUAUUUAUAAGAUUUUCAGCUAAUAUCAUUUUUAAACGAAACGCUAUCGAAAACAAAUGAUAUAUUAGUGUGUACAGCUUAUUAUUUAUUUAAUUAACAAUAAAAACAAUUUACAUGUAAA